UGUUCAAUAUCAAUGCUAUAACCUGAAGUUGAAGUUGAAGUUGAAGUUGAACCCUUGUUUUUAACACUUAUCUCUUCUUUUACCACUGACCAUUUCUUCUUCCUACCAAAUUUUUUUCUAAUAAUCUUCUCUUUCUCAACCUUGCCUUAGCUCUGUUAAAAGACUCACUGUGCUUUUUGAUGAUGUUUCCUUUUAACUUAAACUAUAUUCUCUGAUCUGCGUUUUCUUUUAUUUCUCAUUUAGAUCAUUGUUUUCGAGGGGCGGGGGCCGGGGGGGGGGGAAGCUUAUCUUGUUCUUUGUUGGCUUCAUUCUCGUAAAACCAUUGAGAGGAACAAGUGGUCCAUUUUCUUCUUUCUUCUUGGGGUUUUAGCAACUUCCUUGACUUUCAUUAUGAGAUUCUGAAAAAUGGGAUUUUGUGUCAAAGAUGCAGAAUAUUGGUGUGUGUUUUAAGGAACCUACUUCAGUUGUUUGAGAUUGUUUUGUAACUGGUUCUUGUACAAUGAGAAAAGGCAGAGGAAAAGUAAAGAAGCCGACUAUUGUUUCUUCUCGUGAAGAUCCUGGAAGUGGUGAAGAUGAAAAGAUUCCAGAAUCUAAGAGAAGAGGAAGGCCGCAAAAGCAAUUGAAGGAUGAUGUUGAUGAAGAUGACGCAGAGAAGAAAGAAGAAGACGGGGAAGAUGUGAAAGGUUCUGUUCCCAUCAAAGAGAUGAAAAGUCAGGCUGCUACCGAGAACAGAAGGAAGAGGAAAAGGAAAAGGUCAAUGCAGGUAAAAGAAAACUUAGAUUCAGUCAAGAAAGAAAAUUGUAUUACAGCAAAAUCGAGCACUGAUGAUUCAUCAAAAUCUGUUGGCUAUCGACAAAAUGCUAGCAGGCGCAAAAGCAAGCCUCGACGGGCUGCUGAAGCUGUCGUUGAAUGCAAGUGACAUUCUGGUUAACCAUCACAGUGAAAUUUUACCUUCUUUUUUGUACCUGAUAAGCCAUUCCAAAAGUAAUGCUUAUCAGCUCAUGUAUGGAUUCAGAUGUUUCUUUUUGUCACAUGCUAUUUGUUUUUGUAGUUUCUGAAUUCCAUUUCAAUUGGGAGUUUUUUUUUUUUCUUUUGGAGAUAAGUUUGCAGUUCAUGGUUGCAAAUUGCAAACAAUCCAUGGUGUUAGUGGCUUAUGACCAUGAUAGAUGUUAUUCAUUUCAAGAGUUUUUUAUUAGUA